GGAGAUUGAUUAGAUGAGAUGGAAUCUGUUGUUGCACGCAAUCAAAGAAAACUGAGAGAAGAAGAGCUAAAGAAAGCGAGAGAAAUUCUCUAUACCUUCGUCCAAAUUGGCCGAAGAAACCUACAGAAACCAAACCAACCACAAUCAUUCAACCAUAGACUCUCUCUCUCUUUUUCCCCAUCAAAGUUGAUCAUUGUCUCUUUCUUUCUUUAAUCCCUUCCCUCUUCCUUUCGAAUCAAUCCCCUUUUCCUUUUCCUUUUCUUCUCUUUUCUCUUCUCCCACUUCAUUUUCAUCUAGUUUUCCAGCAUCCCUUUUGUUUUUUUCCUUCAUCUCUUUCACUUCUUCCUCCAAUUUCGAUUUUUUCUGCUGACCCACAUGUUCUUUUGAGCUUUUCAUUCUUUGGAUUCGGCGUCGGAGCUGCUUGUUUGUCUUCUGCGGAUCGCUCCGUCGUUGAAAUAAUAUUUGUUGAAUUCAGUUGUGUAUGAAAUGAGUUGGAACAACACGCCGCAGACAGAAGUUCAUCAUGUUAACACCAAUUAUCCUUAUAACACUGCCGGAAGUUUUCUGGAAUACUUUGAAGGACUUACCUACGAACAUGUAAAUUUCAUUUUUUCGGGUGCUUCACAUUCUCAGGAGAAUGUUUAUCCUCCACUGAAUUCAAACUUUUACAAGUUUGGGUUUUCAGAUUUUGGGAGUCCUUCCUAUUACAACCCACCUCAAGCUUAUAGGAUGCAUGAUCACGAGCCCAUAAUUUAUGAACAUAGAAGGCUAGAAAAUUCUGCAACUCAGCCUAAUUUACAGAGUACCGUAAAUCCUGAAUUUGAAGAAAUUACAAAUACUAUAGCAUUUGACAACCAUGUAGAAUGUCCAAGGAGACACCAUAAUUCACAUGAUUUUCAGGUUGUUUGGCAAGACAAUGUAGAUCCUGAUAAUAUGACUUACGAGGAAUUACUAGAGUUGGGUGAGACAGUUGGAACUCAAAGUCGAGGUCUAUCUCAAGAAUUGAUCGCUUUGCUUCCGAUAUCAAAGUACAAAUAUGGUUUCUUCUCAAGGAAAAAGUCACGAGGAGACCGAUGUGUGAUAUGCCAGAUGGAAUAUAAACGAGGUGAUCGGCGGAUCACUCUGCCGUGCAAACAUAUCUACCAUGCUGGUUGUGGAACCAAAUGGCUUAGCAUCAACAAGGCUUGCCCCAUAUGUUACACAGAGGUGUUUGGUGAUACUUCAAAACGCUAAGUCUUCUUCUCACUUCACUGUGUUAGAUGACAGAAGAACAUAAUCUUUGUUAUUGUUUAUUAUUUUUAAAAUUUUUGUGAAAAAGAAAGAAAGAAUAUAUAUAUAUAUAUAUAUAAAUAUAUUUAUAUAUAUGGAGUGGCAAGGCAAUCACUUGAUUUUUCUUUCUUAAAUAUUCCCACUUUAGUAAUAUGGCAGUGCUGAAGUGAAUAAAGCUUAAUUCCCCUUGUAUUAGCUUUAUCAGUGUUUGGUGUUUGGAUUGGCUUUUUUCUUUUCUUUUUUUCUUUCCCUUUUUUUUUGGCAAAGGUAAGAGAUGUGUAAGGAUUGGUAAGUUUAGGAAUGGGAAACAAUUAGUUUCUUUAGCUUCUUAUGUAUCCAUGAAGAUUAGUAUUUUAUAGAAAUUUUGUAAUUGAUAGUCUUUUUGUUAU